AUGGAUAUGUACGAAGUGUAUGUUAAAGCAGUGUCGUUUUCUGCGGGUUGUGCAUCCACUGCAAUGAUGUUAACUCCUUUGCUAGUAUGCAAGGAUAUUGUGAAGAAAAAGACGUCUGACCAUGUCAAUUUAUCUACAUUUGUUGGUGCACUUUUUAGAAGUUCACUAUUUUGUCGUCAGGGUUUUAUUUUAAAUUUACAAACAAUGAUGUUUGUUCAUGGAAUGGGACUAUUAGUUAAUACAUUUUACUUAGCGCUUUAUUGGUAUUAUUCAAAUAAAAAAAUGAAUGUGAUAACGACACUUUUUAAAACCACAUUAAUAAGUUCAGUACUCCUGACAUAUUCAUUUAUAGAAUCGACAAAUCUAGUUGUGACUCGAUUCCCAAUUAUAGUAUCAAUCAUACACUUGUCACUAAUGGGUUGGCCAUUACUAUCAGUUAGAGAAACUAUAAAAACAAAGAAAUGGUCCGGACAUCCAAAGCCAAUUUUGAUAAAUUCUAUUGUUCUCUGUAUUUUAUGGCUUCUGUAUAGUAUCAACAUACGAAAUAUUAUCAUUUUUACUCAAUGUUUAGUAGCACUGUUACUUAGCUCGGCACAAUUGGGAUUAUGGGCAAUUUACCCAGCAGAAAAAAUUCAACGCAAUAAAAUGGAAAAACAUGAAUGA